AUGCCUACUUCAACGUACAUUACCCUCGUGGUCAUCUACACAGUACAAGGAAUCAUUAUCAUCGUUGGAAACGCGUUUACUAUCUUCGUCUUUUGGACCCAGAGAUCCCGCCUAACACGUACUUAUUUCCUUCUGGUCAACCUCGCAGUCGCAGAUUUUCUUGUGGGGAUUACAGAACUUAUUGUCAUAGGAACGGUGAAAUUUCAAGAUACUGGAGAGGGUUACGCAGGCAGUGUAUUAAGACAGAGCCGAUCAAAUCCCUCAGCGGCAUUUGUUAUGCUUUUUUCGAGUUCGUCCGUUUAUUUUCUCGCCCUUGUCUCCUUGGAACGUGCUUUCGCCGUCUUGCGGCCAAUCCGCCAUCGCAUUACAAACAGUCGUGUUUACAUCUAUAGCAUCGUUAUUGUUUGGGCCGUCAGCCUUGUUUUCUUUGGUUUUACCGUAUUAUCCUUCCAUUUGUCAGAAUUGAAGGGGGGAUAUGUUUUGGCCGCGAGUAAGAUAUCCCUUCUUAUUUCCAUCUUGAUAAUUUGUACAAGUUACCUUAGCAUACGUACUCGAUUGCGCGCAAGAUCAUCGGCCACGGUAGACAAUCAGAAGCAGGGAUCAAGGGAGCACAAUUUACGGCUUGCAAAAACACUUUAUAUCACAAUUGCUACAUCGCUUGUGUUUUGGAUGCCUGGUUUUGUCGUCUACUCAACGAGAGGAUUCUGUCCGACCUGCUUUUCUGCACCACAGGUCUUUUGGCUCGUGGAUGCCAUGUAUCUGGCAAACUCUAUGGUGAACCCCCUCGUCUACAGUUUCAGAAUGCAAAUUUUCAAAGACGCUUUAAAUAAAUUCUGGAGAAAAAGACGACAGAACGUAAGACGAGUUGGGCAAAAUAGUUUGGGCUUUGGUCUGGAGGGUUCGUUUACUCAACACUUUCGACGACAAUGAUUUUACUUGCCAAAAACAGAGUUGUAACGUUGUCUGCACUAUUAAUUAGUAAAAGCCGUGUUGACGAGGUCAUUAUUUGUAAAGCGAAACCUUAACUUUCAAAUGAGUUUCGCUAAAUACGAAAAUCUCUCUGGUAAAAUACAUGAUUAUACGCGAGAGAUUUUCGUGCGGCUCCACCACCAACAUGUUUCAAAAUAAUAGUUAUGUAACAUAUGAUUCGUUCAUCCCUAAUCACCUGUUGUAACCACUUGGUGGCUUGAAGGUUGCAUUUGAAUCACAGGUUUUCAUAUUGUGAAUCAUUUGAAGGAUUACAGUUGAAGAAGAUACGGUUUCUGACAUUCAAUUUGUUUUGUAAAUACUCUUUUUUGAAUAGCCUUAAACGUGAUAAAAUAAGGAAUAUUAGUUCUAAAAGUUACUGGAAAACGUAAGUAUCAACUAAACGACUUGGCAUUGAGUCUAGAACUGAAGCACAUAGCUUGAAAGGAACCUAGAGCCAGUUUCAUGAAGCGAGAUAAAGAUAUCCUAUGCUGUUAAAUUUCAGCGCUGUUAACUUAUUAAAGAAAUUAUUGCGAUAAGUCAGCUUGAGUCCUAAAUAAAAAGGAAUAGGUUACAUUUUUCCUAAUUCCAAACAGUAAUCAAUUACAGAAAAAAAAAUAUUCUUCAGCACCAACAAUUUGUUGAAAGUUUAGCAGAGCUUUCAGAAAUCAUCCGGAUCCCCUUUCAUCAGUGAUGACGUUUGCUGUUAUUCGCAGCCCAUUUUUGAUGAGGCUGCAAAAUUGUUCCAUUCUACUAAACUUUCAACAAAUUGUUGGUUUUGAAGAAUAUUUUUUUCUCUAAUUCUACGUCCCAACAUCAGAAUCUUCACGCUGUCAGUAAUCAAAUUACUUCAAAAACGAUCUUUGCUAUGUUUGUGGCAUUAGAAUGAAUAUUAACUUUUUGGUUUCACUACUUACUAGUAAUAUUUCAAAUAAUAUUUAAUCCAUUAUUUCUCAGAAAAGGAUGCAAUAAAUCUUCAUUUGCAAUUAUAAACUCCAGCCUGAUGGUACUCAUUAGCUAAGCACUUUAAACAGUUAUAAACGACAGAUGAAUAAACCCAAAAUGCGUUUAUAAAAACACAGAGAUCCCCGUAAAACUUAAAAAAAAUAUUUCACAGUUAAUUUCAAAAACGAAAAUUACUAUGAACGGGAAAAAGCUACACUGUUCUUCAUAUUUCGACAUCCUUUAAUGAUGAACAACAUAGAAAAUGACACUAUCUUUUUCAUCAAUUCACAAAAAUAGUAAUUUCAACUUGAAAGGAGAUGAAUGGAAUAAAAUAUAAAUUUUUCCAUGGGUAGAUUUUUAAUGAGCCAAAAAAUCUUACGGCCCAGAAAUCAAGUUCAUAUUUCGUUUUAAAGUUCUCCAGUCGCACUUUAAUUUCAUAUCUGCUAUUCGUUCUUGAAUCGCUCUUCUCUCUUUUAUAUACCAAUAAUAGAUAACCCUCUAUGUCCAAAGAAUGACAGCCGAAGUAUACAAUCUUUGCAUUAGAUGCGAAUAAAUAGUCGUGUUUAUUGUCACCAAAUGUGAAAAUGACGUUGUGAAACCGGCUUAGGCCUCAGGGGCAAAUAUAAAUCGGCGUUUUAUCCUUAAUACCGCUUCGUCGUGGACAACUCAAACGACCCAUCCAUUAGCAAUUACUGGUUUGGCUGUCGUAUGAUAAGAAGAAUUAGGCAGAUUGAGAAGGAGGUCAUCGUAUUCGAUCUGCUAUAUUUCCGACUUCAACAAAACAUGCUAGCUCCAUCUAUGUACGUAUACUAACAAUAUACAAUUUCCAUGUUUAGUUAAGGUAAAGAAAACCACUGCAAAAACCGUGUACGAACAAUCUUGCUCAAAGUCGGAUCCAUCUUCAUUACCUUCCUCCUCUGUAGUCUAAGAUUAUGAAGGGAUGUUCAUUCUGACAGAGAAUGAAUAACAGUACUUUAAUUGAAGCUUAUUGAGCUCUACUAAUUCGUAUGAACGGAACUUUUAUCUUAAUUAUUUUCUUCAAAGAAAUUAUAUUUCCGCUUGGCAGAUCAUUUUUUCCAUUAGACAAAGUGAGUUACUGGAGUGGGAGAGCAUUACAAAUCAUGCUGUAUUGCAGUAAUUUGGUUUAAGUCAAAAAAGCACUAUACGCCACAAAUUAAAAGGCCAAAAUUGAUAAAUAGAAAAUAAGGGAGGCAGAUGAGAAAAAAAAUGCUGCUAAAUCUAGACUGGAAUUGAAUCUUUGUUAAACUUGAGGCAAACGAAUCAAAUGGUCAACAUGUUUUACUUUAACUAAUUUUUUGUCGUGUUAUAAAAUGAAUAUAGAACUUUUUGGGUUAGUUAUUUAAUCAACUGCGUUAGCAAAACAUAACGCAAUACUAAUAAUGCCUAAUAAGCUUUAACAAAACGUUGAUACCUCAGCAUUUGGCAUGGGCUUUGUAAAUAAGUAAUUUAAAAGGAGGCAGAUAAAUACAAACAAUUUACAGGGGCACCCAACGUCAAUUUUCGGAAAAUAUCUGUUCGGAUCUAGAAUUAGAAUUUAGAUUUAGAAUUUUCGGAACAUUUUUUGUAAAAUUUCUUGCUUGCCUGCCUCUCUUAGGAUUUUCGAACAUCUAAAAAUUGGUACAAUUGCCUUUUUUUAACGGAUUUUUACCCUAAAAAGCUCACCUAGAAUUUUCGGGAGCCUUUUUUCUGGCUGAAAUUUUUGAAAAGGUAAGUUUUGAUCCCUAUAAUUUUCGGAUCUCUAGACUUUCAGCCAGGAAAUCCGAACAGAUGAAAAAUUUUUAGGGGAUAAAAAUAUGCCUAUAUCUACCGUUUAAAUACUAAAAUACGUUUAACAAUGCUAUGUUUAAGUGGUUUUGAACUAUAUUCUCGUCGGGUGCCUCUGAAUUUAUAGCACUGUUGUCAGUAAGUGUUGCAGUGACAACCACAUUUUGGAUUUCUUGAAAUAACUUUGAUGAGAUGAGUCCUCAGAGUUUUCCCUCCCGACAAUCACAAAAAUGUCUUACAUUUCUCUCUUCCUCUCCCUUAAAUUUUAAUAAAAAUAUGGACAGUAAAAAUAUCAAUUUUAUAUAGAACGAAAUAUGUAUAAUUACCUCUGAAAAAACAUCAGCAGAAUAAAUCGAUUAUACUGCACAAAAGGAAACUUAAGACACCUUUCUUUAUGACAUGCCAAUUUCAUUUUGAAUGUUCUUGCAUAUAUUUGCUUUUUCAUUGCCAACCGUUUUCGUGUUCCCAAAUUAAAAGUGACAUAAUGCCCAGUAAUUCACAUUCGAUGCAAAUAAAUAAGCGUCUCUGUUUACACUGCUGCUAAGGAAAUGUCGUAUAAAAAGCUUAUGGUAUAAUGAACGGACGAACGCCAGUCUGCCUUCAGUAUUACCUCUACAUAUAUGCGUGUUAAUUUAGUCAUUUCGUUAAUAACUCAGUUAAGCAUCAAGUAUCUUCGACUUGAUUCGACUCAACAAUACUAAUUCUGAACCUUACUGAGUUUUACAAAGAUUAGCGGAUUGACUCCUCACUGCCAUCAUGUAGAAAUAGUUUGGUCUACAAGAAGACAGGGUAUUUUAUACAGAGAAAUGAUAUAAAAACGAUAUUUUCUUGUGAUUGGUAAGUAAAAUGUACCGGCCUUUUCAACUGUGCACAAGUUGUUCCGAUUUAAGGGCGAAGCAACUGGUUGCUGAACGAGGAAAGACAUCGCUUCAUCGACGUCCAUUUCCUUCGUGGUCAUCUACGCGCAAACAUGCAAACACGUUUACAAAAUCAAAGAUCCCGCAUAAAACGAACUUUUGUUUUUUUUUUUUGAUCAACCUCGGAAUUGCAGAUUUGCUUGUAGCGAUUACAGAACUAACAGUGUUGGGAGCUUUUAAAUCUGAGGUCAUGCUAGAAAGUGACAUAGGUCGCUCUCUACCAGAAGACACCAGCGUGGUUUCUGGCGCGGUAACGACCACCUUGAUGAGGGUAUAAGGGUCUCUGAUCUUUGGUUAGUAAUCCUUCUAGUGAUAUGGUGCCCUAUUCGUGGAUCCUGAACUGCUUAGCGAUGGUUGGAACGGCCAUGAAUAUCAUCAACAUGGCAGUCAGUCGGCUCGACUAAGACUGUUCUAGGUUUCAGCAAAGUGUGAUAAGUCUAAUCCAGAUGGGUAUGUCGUUGGCACUCUCCUGCCAUCGGUUGAGAUUGAUGUCUCUCCAUUUCAUGUUUUUCUUGAAUUGCAACAUCUGUGAACCUUAAUCUAGGCCUCCCUUGAUUACCCAUUACCAAACAGAGUUGACAGCUGCAUAUUUUGUAGCAGCUAACAGCUACUUUGGUAGUCUGUUAUCAUUCAUCCUAUGCACGUGACCCAACCGUCUUAGAUUUUUCUCGAUGAGAAUAUCAGCCAUUGAUAGUAGUCCUGCAAGGCAGGGACUCUCCACUUGCGUGUUCUUGUCCUUCCAGGAUACAUUCCGUUCAUUAUUACUUUUAGAUGUUCCACCAUAUAUAGGCAUGGAGCUAGUCCCUGUACGGCGUUUUCCCAGGCACUCUCGGUCAAUUCACUUCAGUGACGUAUCCGGGGCGAAUGGGCGCAAAACACAUUUUCGCUUGGACCACGUGACUCGAAACGCUUUGGCCGGGCAGGAUAAUGAGGCCUUGGGACUAGGCAAAAGCUUCUUCACUUACGCUGAUGCAUAGUCCAUGCAUGUUUCAGCACCAUAGAAGAGGGAAGAAGGGACAACACCUUGAUAGGCAUUGCACUUGACUUCAAUAGACACAUGCCGGUUUUCCAAAACCUGUCCCGUGGUUUUCCAAAAGCAGCACUUGCAAUUGGCAUCCUGUAUCGUAGUUCACUGUCUUGGCUAGCAUUGUUGGAAAUAGUGCUUCCUAGGUAUCUGAAGUCGUAUCACUGCAUCAGAGCCUCUUGAUUGAUAGUUAUAGUUGUUGGCUCAGGAACUGGAUCUAAGUUUUGCAGCGGUUGGUUUAAGCACUCAGUUUUCUUGAUGUUGAACUUAGGCCAAAUUGGGAGGCAGCUCUGGUGAAGCUGUCCACCAGCCUCUGAAUGUCACAAGCACUGUAGGCAACUACAGCACCAUCAUCUGUAAACAUUAUUUCCCUCCCUAGGAUCUAGGUUGUGCGUGUUUUUGCUUUGAAAAGGGGUACGUUAAACAGGUCAGCAUUAGUACGAGUUUGGAUGAAGAUACCGUCCCCAACACCGUCAAAGGCCGCCUUUAGCAUUGUUAGGUAGAGAGAGAACAGUGUCGGAGCAAGUACGCAACCUUGCUUGACAAAAUCGGUGGGUGACAGCAAAUACCUUGGAGAUGUAGCUUCAUUGAUCCACAUGUUAACAUGUUAACAUUACGUUGUGCAGUGCCCUCGCCAGAUUGAUAAAUUCAGCAGUACAUCAAUACUUUCCGAACACUGUAUCAAAAGCCUCAGAGAAGUCAAUAAAAACGGCAUACAGCGGCAUAUUAUGCUCUUCAACCUUCUCUUAUAACUGUCGCAAAACAGAGGAUCGAUCAUAUCCACAGUGCCUCUUCCAUGCACUGCGAAUACCACAUCGAGUCUCAGGCACGAUAUGGGGACAACGUGUUCGUUGAGUCUGUUGAGGAGUAUGCGAGUCCAGAUCUUUUGAGAGAAGAGAAAUACCUCGAUAGCUCCCACAGUCCUUUCUUCUUCCCUUCUUGAAGACUGGAACGAUAAUGCCAUCUUUCCAGUCUUUUGGUAAAUCUUGAGUUUCCCUGGUCUGCAAACUCAGUUUGCACAGGCUAGAGGCGAGUUUCACAGCCACAAUGUUUUCAGAUUUCGGCAGGUAUACCACACCUUCCAAGGGCUUUACCUUCCUUUGUUGCAUUGAUGGCAUCGAACAGUUCCUUCCUUUCAGGAUUUUCAUCAAAAAUAUCACUUUUUAACCGGCUGAGUCUUUUUAAUCAAAGGUGCGUUGCAUUUUGUCACCAAACUAAAUUUCAGGGAUACUCAAAAAUGUAGUUGUUUUGGGGUAGCCUCCUAGGAUCAGUUCGCCUCUGCUCGCAAAGCAGGCUCCCGCGCCAACGGCUACCGGCGUUCACAGAUUGACAAACAAAUAAGUUCAACGGUCCUUUUUAAACCAAAAUUUGGACCCCCUCCCCCUUCCCAAAAAAAAAAAAAAAAUCAAGAAUUCCUGGAUCCGCCCCUGUAGAGAAAUCACGUUUUUUUGUUUUCGGUUAUACAUUUGUGCUUCAACAGAAUUGGAGAAUACAGCAGAAUGGUGAAUAAUGAUCGCUAACAGCGGAAACAAUAUUCCCACUGGUGAUAUUAUAAUCAAAUCUAUUUAAUAGGAUAAUUUCAAUAUAUAUAAUUAACGUAGCUGAAUUAUUAUGGAAACGGGUUGGUUUUAUCAAUUGUCGAAAUAAAGAAAAGCUUUGUAAUGAAAGUAGAAAAUUAUGCGCAUACUUAUUGCAUUUUUCGACACCGAGUAGGUUUAUGUUGAAGUCACCCAUGAUGAGGAUCGAUUACCUUGAGGCGAAAAGCCCUUCUUAUUUACACUAAGUUGAAGAUAAACAAAAAGUAAAUCUUUAUACAAUUUUCCAUUCCCGUAACAUGUUUCAUUUCUAAAAUACAGCAAUUUGAACUUCAGAGUUUUCACAGUGCGUGACAGCAAAAUAAGAAUGCUGUCUCGUUGAAAAAAAGUCUCUCCUCUUGAUUUUCAGCAGUUCAAGUAUUAGAAGAUAUGUUUAUGCGUACGUAUGUUAGUUCUCGACUGAAAAGAGAGAGCUUUUAAAGAAAAAGUGAACUCCAGAUGUUUUUGUUGAUUUCUGGCGGCCAUAUUGGUGCACCCAAACGGUACACCAAUAUGUCGUCUCGAUACAAAGCUCUACAAAGGUGAGUGAAACGUUUCGGCAAAUAACUCAGAAACUAUGAGCCACAAAGACCUGAGACUUGGACAAAUUGUUUAUAUAUUAAGUCUUUUAUAACACUUCAUUUUCUUAGCUUCUUCCACCGGAGGGUUUCUAAUUUAAUUUUUUGUUGCGUGACAGUGAAAACGAUCUAUACUCAAUAUACUCAUUUAGUCGCACAAGUGUCCUCGACACACCCAACGAAGACUUUACUAAUACGCUGAAAGCACUUUUUAGGCUACACAGAGUACUUUUAGAUUCCUAUUGAUACUUUCUAUAGUAAGCUGCGCUAUAAAAUUGUCACCUAUCUGUUCGAUCAUCCUCGGAGAACUUGAGUCUUUUCGAAAUUACAAGGGCUUCAGAAUUAUUUUCCAGAAAAUUUUAGAUGCAAUUUAUCGUUUCACGAAUGUGAGAAUUUUUCUGAUUCCUAUCUCAAUCACAUUUUUGAAUCCGAGGAUUUUAGGUCUCCCAUAAACAUUAUUUGGGCAGUGAAAUGUGGAAAAUUAAGCUUCAGAAAAUCGCAGGUAAUUUAUUAGAUAAGUUUCGAAAAUUGUAAAACAAUGGAACAUUCAUUUCAUCUAGACAUUUGUAGCCGUCCUCAAGCAAUAGAAAUUUCUAGGCAACAUUUGCUUCUCUGAACAAAUAUUUUACAGAAAACAGUCGUUGGCCUUUGGCCAUGGGUGCCCCUGUUAGCUGACCUUAAUUUCUAAAAAUCAACGGAAAUUCCACUUCCAUAUAGCAAUAUCUCUGUUUGGUCUAAACAAAAGGUCAAAAAGCAUUUUGACGGAGAAACAAUACAAGAAGGCCAUUUUAUGCUAAGUGCAUCAUAUCUUCUCAACUGUGCGAUAGCUGGUUCCUUUUUUUUUUAGGACAGGACAUAUUUGAAUAAAAAAACAGAAAAAGCAAAUUACAGAUAUGCCUACUUCGACGUACAUUACCCUGGUAAUAAUCUACACUCUGGAAGCAGUCCUUAUCGUCGUCGGAAACGCAUUCCCGAUCUUUGUUUUCUGGACCGAGAGAUCCCGCCUAAAACGAACUUAUUUUCUUUUCAUCAACCUCGCAGUCGCCGAUUUACUUAUGGGGAUUAAGGAAUUUAUAAUCAUUGGAACUGCUAAAUCUCAUAAUCUAGGGGAGGGUUUCUGUUUUUUGAUGCGGAGCCGAGCAAACCCGAUAGCGGCUUUUAUACUUCUCUUUUCGGGUACGUCCGUAUAUUUUCUUGCGCUUAUCUCCAUGGAACGUGCUUUCGCUGUCUUAUGGCCAAUCCGCCAUCGCAUCACAAACAGUCGACUUUACAACUGUAGCAUCGUUAUUGUUUGGGCUGUCGGUCUUGCUUUAUUUGGUUAUACCUUAUUAUCCUUCCAUUAUUCAGAUUUUGUGGGGGAAUAUGUUUUCCUCACUUUUAGGACAUUCCUUCUUAUUUCCUUUUUGAUAAUCUGUGUAAGUUACGUAAGAAUACGCACUCGAUUGCGAGCACCACCACGCGCGGAUCUAGACAAUCACAGGCAUCAAUCAAGGGAGCACAGUUUACGAUUUUAA